AUGCCUGCCUACAACUCCAUCUUCAACGCCGACCCCAACGAGCCGCGCCUGAUCGGGAACUUCCCCCUGCUCCCCUUGCGCACAAAGACCCGCGGGCCCGCCUACACGCUCCCCUUCCCCAACCCGCCCCUGCCCGCCCACGAGUCGCCCGACGCCGAGUCCGAGAGCUACGACAUCCUCGACGAGGUGCUCGCCCUCUUCCGCGCAAACACCUUCUUCCGCAACUUCGAGCUGCAGGGCUAUGCCGACCGCCUGCUCGUAUACGGCAUCUGGUUCGUCAGCGACUGCCUCACCAAGAUCAAGCCCAAUGCCGAUGUCAGGGCCGCCACCAAGGAUGUCAUGAACCUGGCCCUGGACCUGCAGUUUGCCAUCCCCGGCGACCCGGGCUGGCCUCUGAACCAGAUGUACGAGCCCCCACGCGACAGGCAAGACGCAGAGCAGCUCAAGCAGUACAUGUCCCAGGUGCGCCAGGAGUUGGCCACGAGGUUACUGGCGCGUGUGUACGCCGAUCAGGACGACAAGCCGAGUAAGUGGUGGCUGAGCUUCAACAAGAGGAAGUUCAUGGGCAAGUCGCUGUGA